AUGCUUCGUAUUCUAUCGGGAAAGUCACAAACUCUACGCAGUGCAUUCCGACCUCUGCAAAUAUUCAAGACAGUACCACAAGCAACGAUGGCGACGGGAAAAGCAGACAAUAAGGAUAUGAAGAUUGACUCCCUCUUCGAUGUGUCGCACAUCACGGCGGUCGUCACAGGUGGCGGAACAGGCAUUGGCCUCAUGAUUACCCAGGCGCUUCAGUCCAAUGGCGCCAAGGUGUACAUCACGGGGCGGAGGAAAGAGGUCUUGGAUCAAACGGCCCAACGGUAUAGCACCGGACCCGGCAGCAUCCACGUUCUUCCUGGUGAUGUCAGUACCAAGGACGGCGCGGUCAAACUGGCGAAGGAGAUUGAGGGUAAAGAGCCUACGGGUAUCCAGCUUCUGGUGAACAAUGCUGGCGUGGCUCGCGACAAGGACACCAUGUUCCCGGCUGUGGGACAGCCGGACUUCAGCGACGCCGUGUCCAUAUCGCAGCACUUCUUAAAGACCAAGGAUGAGCAAUGGGCUGAGACCAUGAAGGUCAACGUCGCGGGCGCCUACUACAUGUCCAUGGCACUGCUGCCGCUGCUCGUCAAGGGGCGCGACGCCACGCCGGGGUACACGUCGCAGGUGGUCAACGUGUCGUCCAUCUCGGGGGCCAUGAAGGGCCCCAGCAUGGGGCAGCCAAUCUACGCGACGUCCAAGGCCGCCGAGACGCACCUGGGCCGCAUCCUGGCGACGCUGUUCAAGGACGUCAAGGUCCGCGUCAACACCAUCGCCCCGGGCCUGUUCCCCAGCGAGAUGACGGCCGGGUCGUCGGGCGAUGACAACAAGAGCGUGCUCAACACCAGGCCCAGUAACCCGGCCGGCCGGACGGGCCACGACACAGACAUGGGGGCGACUAUUUUGUUCCUGGCCGGGAGGGGCGGCUUGUUCUAUAAUGGGCAGAUACUGUAUCCGGAUGGAGGUAUGUUCGAGAUUAUGAUGCCUCGAAACUUUGCUUACUCUGCCCCAGGAUCGACGCUGAUUCAGCCAGCAAUCAAUAAUUGA